CACCACAGGUUGAGAUUACACCUGAGGUCAGCGAGGAUGGGAGCAUAUUCAGGUUGCGCUGCCAGCAGCACGGUGUGUUCAGGUGCAGUCUGACAGGCCUGGUGUUGGAGGGAUUUGGUGACGUGGUGUAUGAGAUGGUUCCCUGGGAUGUGGACUUCCUGUCCUCUAAAGGGCUGCAGGUGGCAGGAGCUCUGUUCAGGUUCCACCUGCUGACUGGGAGCUUCCAGCGACUCCACCUGCCGCAUUGCCAGCUGCUCUCAGAUGGUGGUCAGCACUUCCUAUCUGUAGCUCAUGUCACUGGGGACUGUGUGGACUUUAUCACUCCAGGUCAGGUGACCGAUAGUCAUGUGACAGUUGAUAUCUCGGGCUUCUCGUGCUUUGGUCUGGUGACCCCAGCGCCCAGUGACCAGAUUGCUGGCCUGGUGUUGAUCUUCUCUCAACCCACUAAUUCCACACUGUUUGUCCUGCUGCUGCCCAGGAAUGUCUGCCUCACUCAGGUGAGAAAAGAGUGGAAGCGGCGGAUUGGGGCUGAGUACGUCGAAGCUAUUCCUGACUGCGAACUGAUCCCAAAUCACACAUACAAACUGAUUGGAGAGCCCGUCACAGUCAUCCAGCCAGAGAUAUCAAAGUUCGUGAACUUCAGAGACUACAACAACUUCCUGCCGUCAUUCCAGGUGCAGCUGAAGGCUGGAGCCACACAAGUGAGGCUGCAGCUCAGGAGUCAUGUGGCUGGAUCCCAUCUGAUCGGCUGGCUGUUUGGCAACAAAGAGUGUGAGGUCUGGGCCCGAGACAUUCAGCUAAAAGUGAAGGUGCUGGACUUGCAGGACGAAGAUGCGACCCUGCAGCUGCUGCAGAUGCUCAACCGUCUCGGUUCAGAGGAUCUUAAAACCUUCCAGCGCUUCCUGAGUCUCCGGACUGAUCCGAUCUCCGUCAGCCGACUGGAGGCCGCAGACAGAACCAGAACUGUUGACCUCAUGGUCCAGAAGUACCACGCCGAGGGGGCCAAGGAGGUAACUGAGGAGAUACUGAGGAAGAUGAGCUACAACCAGCUGGCAGCUGCUCUCAACAAGAGUUGAUCAAU